AUGGCUUAUCAGACCAUAACAAAUACUCAAAUAGCUAUAUUAUUACAAGAAAUCAUUUCAACAGUAAAAAGUAAUGAUAACGAUAGCUAUUGGCCAGAAGAAACUCAACAACCACCCAAAAGUCAAGCUUUAGUUGAUCUUGGAGUUAAUG